AAUGUCGCGCGUUUCUGUGGGGAAUGUUGCCUUUCUUCGUUUGGCAGCAUCCUUCUUUCUCUUCGUUUUUUUCCUCAGACUAUCCAGCGGAAGGUUGGUUGUGUAACUUGAAAAAGUAGCACACCAGGCGGCCUUACCCUUCCAGUGUACAGUAGGGCACCGUCAAAAUGAUGCUGGGAAAGUUCAGUACUUUGGUUCCCCUUAAGGGGCAACAGCAGGUAAGAGGGAUGGCAACCCUAAAAGCGAUCUCAAUUCGCUUGAAGUCUGUGAAGAACAUUCAGAAGAUCACACAAUCGAUGAAGAUGGUGUCUGCAGCUAAGUACACCAGGGCAGAAAGAGAGCUGAGGCAGGCUCGACCUUAUGGUGAAGGCGCCAAAGUAUUCUACGAGAAGGCUGAAGUUGGUCCUGUAGGCGACGUUCCCCAGAAAUUAGUUGUUGCUAUUACCUCAGAUAGAGGGCUGUGUGGGGCAGUUCAUACCCAGGUGUCCCGUACUAUUAAACAAGAGUUGUCUGAAGAUCCAGAAAACACAAAGAUUGUUUGUGUUGGAGAUAAGUCUCGUGCUAUUUUGCAGCGUAUAUAUGGCAAGAAUAUUAUAUUUGUUGCUAAUGAAGUAGGUCGCAAGCCUCCAACUUUUCUUGAUGCUGCCAAACUAGCAAACAGCAUUUUAACAAGUGGGUAUGAUUUCAGCUCUGGAAGAAUUGUGUACAACAGAUUCAAAUCUGUGGUGUCGUAUACAACUUCAGACCUACCACUUUUCAGCCUGAAAGCAAUUGAAGCUGCACCAAAGUUGAAUGUUUAUGACUCAUUGGAUUCAGAAGUUCUUCAGAGUUAUAUGGAAUUUUCUCUUGCAUCACUUCUCUUCUAUGCAAUGAAGGAAGGUGCUUGUAGUGAACAGUCAUCUCGCAUGACAGCCAUGGAUAAUGCAAGUAAGAAUGCUGCAGAGAUGAUUGAUAAACUCACCCUAACCUUCAAUCGUACCCGACAAGCUGUAAUCACCCGUGAGUUGAUUGAAAUCAUUUCAGGUGCUGCAGCUUUGGAUUAAUGUUCAUGUGCCGUAUAACUGGUUUCCACAUUGGACUGAGACAGUAGACGUACUAGAUUGUUAAGGUCGGUCAGCAACAGUGUCCAAUAUAGUUUUCGUGUAAUAAUUUCGCAUGCACUUCUUCACUGUUCUCUUUCAGCACUGCUGAAGGCACUUUGGACUGGAAUUCAGCUUUGUUUCUAAACUGUAACAAACCUUGAAAUGAAGAUAAACUUUUUAAGUCACUGGGUAUGAAGUUAUUUCUAUAAUCUGUAAAAUUUUCAAAAAUCAUUUUAAGUGUUUCCAUAUCAUAUGGCAGUCAUGUUAUUCUUCCAUCAACGUUUCUGCUUCUGUGCAGGUCAUCUUAAGCAUUUGUAAUGAAUUCCUUCGUUAAUGAGGCAGGUCUGUUUUCUGUGCGUCGAUCCAUUUGUGUCUAAAAUGGAUACAUUCAUAUAACCCCAAAUAACAUCAGAUAUUGUCCACUGUAUCCAUUUUAGUUGCAAAGUUUUUGAUGUAUAGGAGAAAGUUGAUUUUCAAACUUAAUUUUUGAUGGUGGUUUUUGUUUUAUAAUACGUAAAAAUUACACAUUAAUAAAUAUGUAAAAUAUUUGUAACUCAAAUUAUCAGACUUUCCUCAACUACUGUGUGUUUUGAAAAAAAUAAAUGUUUCAAAAAACAUUCUGAGUCA